AUGGCACUGGUGCAGUGGGUCUUCAGGCUGCUGGUGGUCCUGAUCGUCUCUCAGAGUGUGUGUGUGAUGUUCUUCUACACACUCGACACACACUCGCACAGAGCUGCUCUGACCGAUCCGCUCCAGCUGCUGCGCUGUGCAAAACUCAGACGCCGGUUCUCCAUCCUCACCCCCGCCAAGAGCCUCAACAUGAAGAGGUUCCCCCAGGAGCUCAUCGAUUUCCUAAACUGCCCCUAUAAACAAAACACCAGCGAGCAGCAGUUCAACAGAAUGAGGCUGCAGUUCUGCUGUAACGCCACACACUCAUUAAUCCUCACCAAACGCAACACAGCCGUCGAUCAGAUCAUCACUUAUGAAACUGAAGAGAAACGCACAUACAGAGUCAAAGCAGACCUUCACAAGAUGCUGCCAGAGGACUCCCCUUGGUCUGCUGGUGCUCUGGGUCUCUGUGCUGUUGUGGGCAGCAGUGGCAUCUUGAAGAACAGCAGCUGUGGACGCCAGAUCGACAGCGCAGACUUCGUCAUCCGCUUUAAUUUAGCAUUGGUUAAUGACAGCGAUGUUGGCCUGAAGACAGAUCUGAUGAACAUCAACCCCACUCAGAUUCUCACACAAUACAAAAACAUGGAGCAGGAUCCGGAUCCGCUAGUGAAGCGUGUCAGUGUGUACGGAAACUCCUCCCUCAUUAUUCCUGCAUUUGCAUAUGCGUUCUGCACCUCGCCAUCCCUCCGGGUCCUCCGAGUCCUGCAGCCAAACAGACCGCAGCAGCCGGUUCUGUUUUUCAGCCCACAUUACCUGCGCGCUCUGGACCGCUUCUGGAAGAGGCGUGGCCUCAAGGAGCCCCGCCUCUCCUCUGGAUUUAUUUUAAUUAGCGCAGCACUAGAAAUGUGUGAGCACGUGCACGUGUACGGAUUCUGGCCCUUCGACACCGACCUGCAGGACAACAAGAUUCCUUACCAUUAUUAUGACCUAAGUAGGCCAAGCGCAUUCAUGCACCGCAUGCCAGAGGAGUUUGUACGUCUUCUGCAGCUCCACAGCCAGGGGGCGCUGACACUGCACCUGCAGCCCUGCCACACGCCGUAGAGCAGUAUUUCCCAACCCUGUUCCUAGAGGCUCACUAACAGUACACAUUGUGGAUGUGUCCCUUAUCUGACCUGUUCAUUUAAGGUUUUGGAGUCUCUUCUGAUGUUCUGAUGAGUUGAUUCAGCUGUGUUUGAUUAGGAAGAGGUUGAUAAUUCAAUUCAUUUUUAUUUGUAUAGUGCUUUUACAAUGUAGAUUGUGUCAAAGCAGACUAUUAAAGUGAAUUGAAACAGUGUCAGUUCAGUUUUCAGAGUUUAAGGUUUAAUAUUCACUGCUGAGAGUCCAAACACUGAAGAGUGAUCCAAAAUGUGUACUGCUGGUGUGCCUUCAGGAACAGGGUUGGGAAACACUGGCAUAGACUGCAUACACAUGUAGAGGUAGUGAAUUCACUGCGAGUUCAGUCUGUGAAUUCACCUGUAGGUUUCUGAAGAGCGUAUUUGAAGCUCAAAGUGGGUCAAGUCUAGAAGGGAUACAGCUGAGGAUAAUCACAUCAGUAUAGCAGCCUAUUUGUAACACUGUCAAAUAUGCACUAAUUAAUAUUUUUACAUUACUGCGAGGGAUAGGUUUAAGGUUGGGGUAGGGGUCAUCAUUAAUAAAAUACAAUUUAGUGGGUAAUUUAAUGAAUAAUUCUCAUUAUAAUUACUGUUUUACAUUGCUGUGAGGGGCAGGUUUAGUGGCGUGCUGUGAGGUUUGUGGCUGGUGAGGCAGUGACCCUUUCAAAGUCAAAAGUCAGAGGCGGAGCUACUAUUUUUCACAUGGAGUGGCCAUUGCUAUUUCAGGGGGGCCACACACACACACACUGUACUCAAAUAUUAAAUUAAGGAAUUCAAAAAAUAUAUUUAUAAAAAAAAAUGCUGAAUUCAUUUGGAAAACACUAGCAUAAAGGAAAAAGCAAACAAAAAAUACUGCAAUUACACAUAGCAGAGCUGGAUUUGGAAAAGAAGACGCACAUUGUUUGUGUGUAUGUCUGAUAUAUCGUCCCUUUUUUUCAUGUUUAAUUGACCCUGUCCAAAAAUAUAAAAGUCUGGUUACAUCUGAUCCAGUUGGAAACACAUUCAUCCAUUAUCACACCUGCACAUUAAUAUCAACAACACAUUUUUCUGAAGAAAGUAUAUGAGCUGGCUAUUCCAUUAUAAACACAUUUAACUCACAAACAGUCAGCCUAACAUUACUUCUCAAUAAUAGCUAAAUAUUUAAACAUUGUAAAUGAAAUAUAAUAGCUUACAUACAUGGCAUGUAUCAGAAUUAAGGGUAAUGCAUCUAAACAUGUGGAUCAAUCCUAGGCCCACACGGAAUCUGCACGCGCAGAUUUCCGCAGAUUUUUAGCCCAUCAAUAAUUCUGUUUAUUUACUUGAGUAAAUGUGUGUAAAUCUAUAUUUAUUCAGUUUUUAAAUUAAUUACAGUAAUAUUAUUGACUAAUAUGAAAAUGUUCAUCUGAUUUAUGUACAGUGCAGUUU